GCGGUGACGUCACGACGCGUCCGACAUCUUCUCAGCGACGGCUCCUGGACGGGGCAGUUGCGAUCCGUCCCGUCGCUUUGGCCUCUUCUUCUUCUUCCCCGAAGGCGGCUCGCGAGGACACGAACCAUGUCGGACUUCGACAGUAACCCCUUCGCCGACCCAGAGGUCAACAGUCCGUUUCGGGACCCCGCCGUGACACAGGUGACGAGGCAGACCCAGCCCGCCCUCAACGACUACAACCCGUUUGGCGAUGGCUCGAAGCCGGGCGCCUUGGUUGGAGCCACGCCUGCAGUGCUGCCCACCUCCCAACCGGCCGUCAUGCAGCCCACGGAGGAGCCGCCACCCUACACAGCUCAGGGCUCUGGAGGUUACGGCACACAGGGACCUUCGGUAUCGGCGGCGGCACAGGCGGAUCUGCUGCGGAGGCAGGAGGAGCUGGAGAAGAAGGCGGCGGAGUUGGAUCGACGCGAGCGUGAGAUGCAGACACAGCCAGGAGCCGUAAAGAAGAACAACUGGCCCCCGCUGCCGACGCAGUGUCCUGUGGGGCCGUGCUUCUACCAGGACAUUCCCGUCGAGAUCCCGGUGGAGUUCCAGAAGACCGUGCGGAUGCUCUACUACAUGUGGAUGUUCCACGCAGUCACGCUGUUCCUGAACCUGCUGGGCUGCUUGGCGUGGUUCUGCGUGAACACGGCGCGUGGCAUCGACUUUGGCAUGGCCAUCCUCUGGUUCCUGCUCUUCACGCCGUGCUCCUUUGUGUGCUGGUUCCGGCCGGUCUACAAGGCAUUCAGGAGUGACAGCUCCUUCAAUUUCUUCCUUUUCUUCUUCAUCUUCUUCUGCCAGUUUGUGGUGCACGUGAUGCAGUCCAUCGGCAUCCCGGGCUGGGGAAACUGCGGUUGGAUCGCGUCUCUGGAGGCGCUGAACCACAGCAUCGCUGUCGGCAUCAUCCUCAUGUUGCUGGCCGCGUUCUUCACCGGGUCGGCUGUGCUCUCCGUGGUCAUGCUCAAGAAGGUGCACUCGCUGUACCGACAGACGGGCGCCAGCUUCGAGAAGGCGCAGCAGGAAUUCGCUACGGGCGUCAUGUCCAACCGAACGGUGCAGAACGCGGCCGCGACGGCGGCUACCAGCGCGGCAAGGAACACGUUCACCCCUAACUGAACGGGCACCUUGCAGGCGCCUCUCAAUGCCUGUCCGUCUAUCUGUCCCGUUCGUCAGUCCACCCAUCACACAGCCAUGCAGCCCAUGCCACCCCCCCCCCCGCCUGCCCCGCGCUGUACUCCUUUACAACUACCCCCCUCUCUUCCGACGCUUCGCGGUGGACAAGUUUUUCACCGGUUUAUAAUGCUGCGUCGUGCGGUUUUAGAGCGCGGGUGUAAAUACCACCCAGUUAUUUCCCGAACGUGGUCAUGCAGGGGAUUGUGGGAGGAUACCGGUGAUGCACAAAUGCCACGUGAUUUCCGAUACUUGGUGCACGAUUCCCUGCACAUUCUUUGCCGAUGCCCCCUGUAUAGCGUCUUUCUUUGGCAUAAUGUCUUGGUUUGAAUGCCUUCAUUGCCUCUUGCUAACAACCUGCAGCCACAUUGAAGCCCUUUAAAAUCCCCGUAAAUUCGAUGCAGGGGUGGCAUGGCACUUAUUGCGCCUUUUUAUCCCGGAAAUCCCAACUUGAAUCCUAUCCCACAUUGAUAGGACUUGAAAUUAUCAGUUUGGACCUCUCCUAUGUCUGUUCAGCCUCAAAUAAGUACACAAUGUUGCAAGCACUUCUGCGAAAUGAAUACGCUUUUGAGUGUUACCAGACCACAAAGCAAACGCUGUCGAGCAGCAUUUGUAACACAUGGACGGAACCAGGUACGAUGAAUAUUGGUGUAAAUUUACAUUUACGGUGGUCACUCCCAAUUCUUGUUUUUGUCAUUGUCUCUUCUUAACCCUUUCCCAUUCCGAUGACGUGCAUGUACUGAUGACGUGCAUGUACGACAUCAGUUCUUUUGCCGACUCCGUUCCGAUGACGUUGGCGACGAGCACGUCAUCGGACCGGAUUCGGAAGUAAAAGGCCAACGCGGGAGGGCGUUGUGGCACAGUUUGGCGCCAGCUGUCCGUGCGGUUGUGCCGCUACAGUUCUCUGCGGUGAGUUAUAUUGUCUUUAAAAACAGCGGCGCUACGCCUCUCUAAUUGAAAUGAACGCUGACCGCUUGCACGUUCCGAGAUUCAGUGGUGCAGAUGUCUCUGAAUGGGAAAGCGUUAAUCCUGAGCAAGGUUAGACCGUCAGGUCACCCACAUUCCAAAAAUUGUCAACUUUUAGUGACUGUGGGGUUCCUUGCAUCACUCAGCUGUGCAUCACUUAACAGCUCAAGAAAGCAGUGUGGGUGGCCUGUCAGCAGGUGGCAGCCAGGUCUUCUAAAGUCUGCCGAGGUAAAAAAAAUUCUCUUGUGUUUCAACAAAGGGAACAUGAGGGCAAGCGUACGGUUGUUGUGCAAACUGCGUCCAGACUUGGGGUUGAGUGAACAAGACGUGGCAAUGCGAUAUUUGUUUUCUGCAUGUUGUGUUGUUUUUGUUUUUCUUCCUGUCAUCGUCUUCCUAUUACACCAAUUCCCCCCGCGAAGUUGGCCGCAGCAGCAGUAGCAACUGAUUCUGCGUUUUAAUGUUUUGUGUCGAUCUGUAAACACGUGCAAUGGAGCGCGAGUGCCUGCGUCCGUGCGUGCGUAGCGUGAUCCAUACACAGCGCCCGCUGCAUUGGCGAAGCCGCGUCGCAUGGAGGCCGGCAACCUCAAGCCCUCUCGGUUUUCCGUAAAACUCCGAGUCACAGCCCCGGCCUUCUGAUUAGAAGCUGCUUGCGUAUUUUAGGGAAUUAUUCUGUGAUUGCUUUCUCACUAUUUGAAGUGUUUUUGUUUGUUUGUUUGUUUCUCUCUCCUGUUUUGAUUACGUAAAUAUGUACGCGUAUUUUAGAGGUUGUUUUUAACAUUCUCUUGUGUAUGGGACGCGUGUGUCCCGAAGAGUUUGUUUCGCGUGGUCACCCCGGCCAGAACGGCGGUGCAAGUGAUCAGCAAUUGGGAGGGGGGGUGGGGGGGAGAGGAAACGAUGACGUUCGCGAAGUCAUAGAAUGUAACCCGGAAUGUAAUUUGCGUACUGCAAUUCACUACCUUGCUUGUCUGCAGCAGUGUUAAUGGAUUGCGUAGCAGAUUACUCUGGUUGCAUCACGAUUAAUGAUUGGUGAUCGACGCCCUAGUCUCCAGUGUAUUUAGUCAUUGUUAACUGGUUUUGGUGUUAUUAGCAUUCUGUAAUGGAUUUACAAUUUCAAAUGUACUCUCUUGACCUCUGGCUACCUGUACCCAUCUCGCAGUGCACUGUCCACGCUUGUUGGUAUGAUUACAGCGGUAGUUUGUUCCUUAUUGCAAUUAUUUAUACUGUUUUGAAGCUACUAAAAACUGUAAACACACUAAGGUUGAUGUGGCUGUAGGAAUUCAUGGCGUCCCAAACUCAGAGCCAUUCGUGAUGAAGGCACGGAGACGAGAAAAGAAGCAAGAACUCAUGAACGAUGUCAUUCCUGCCUUGUUUCAGAUGAACCGUAGCGGUAUUAACGAGUCUCGUGCAAAACCGAAACAAGGAAAGCCCUUUUUUUUUAAAGGACAGGACCCAAUACAACUAAUUUAAAUUUAGAGCUGCUCACUCGUAUCUGAACCACAACCGAUCCACGAAAGUAAAUAGUGUUAAAGUCAAGUAAUUGAUUUUAUGUAUGUAUAGGCACACACACAUAUACGUGUUUAAGGUUAUUAAAUAUGUCGGUAAGAGAGUAAAAAUUACUAUUGUACUUUAGUGAAUUUAUAUUUCACCCAGCCCGUGCUACGAAAGUCGCCCAAUUCCAUUGAUACCAGGGACGGGUGCUCACUCGUGUUGGUGCAGUGGUUGGGGGGGGGGGUGCAUUGCGCUGCCGGGUCUUUGGACACGACACCACUGCCUCCUGUGCGCUUUAAACAUCGCGGUAGCAUGAAGCCACCCUGCAGGGCACGGCUCACGCCGAAACAUGUCAUCGCGUCGCCAAGCCGCGUCCCCAACAGCCGUGUCGUGACAGGCGGAUCGAUUGUUCUGCGUCAAGAAUAAAAUGUUGUUGCCCGGUUGUCAAAUGACUUCUUGCCGUCGGUGUAAUAUUUUGGCCCUCCUCGGCUUCGUGGUUUUUCCAGAGAGUAGAGUGGGAGGUGGGGCCCCCCCGCAUGAUGUCACUUCCUCCUCUGUUCACAAGUGAAUCCUGCACAUGGGAAGCCAUUCCAGAGAAGGUGGUCUUGUGGAAACGAGGCUUAUGGCGUGCGUGUACGUCUUUGGACGGCAUGCUCCGUGUUUCAUCUCCCGUGCUGUUAAUGCUGCCGGUCCACUGUGCUCUUGGUUUCUGCUUGAGAGUUUUUGCCCCGAUGUUUUUCCGUCGGACUCGCUGCCGGUGGGGGAAAGCAAUUUUAGAAUGCCUAAGUUAUUUUCCAAAUUGAGGGAUGUUAAUGGGUUGCAACUCUAUCAUUAGGUGUGUUUUUCUUUUUGUUGUCUUUUUUCCCCCCCAUUAGGUCCAUGGUCGUUUACAUUGCGUGAGGCACGAGAUAGAGUUACAUGGUGGACCGUUAUAAUGCGUGGGCGACUUGUAGCCAUGAAUGUCGCAACUUUGCAAAAAUCUCGGCAGCGAUCGAAGUGAGUGCAAAUCUUAAAUUUCAACAAAGCGCGUGCACAGCCGUUUGGCGGAACAAGCGCGUGCACGUUCAGACACUCGGCUGGGAUACAGCAUCCACUGCGCACGCCUUGUGGCCCAGGACCAAGGGAAUUGGUUUUUGAAGGCCUAACCUGGGGCUGUUUUGCAUUGUCCCGCUUGCUGUGUACGCACGGGGGUGGAGUUGUCCGCAUGCAAAUUGAGCGACAAUUUAGCAUCGCUAAAGCAUCCUGACGUGGCCAAAGGCUCGAUUGUGGGGGGGGGGCGGGGUGGAUUCGGGUGGCCCAUUCUCACCACUGCCUUUCCCUACGUGUUCCAACCUAGACGCCAGAUUAGCCCCCCCCCACCUCCCAAACCAUAUAGUUUUCACGCGUACGCGUGCAAAAUGACCUUUUGAUUUAGUUCGCCUCCCAACUUCCUCCCCGUGGAAUUUGAAAAGGCUGCGUGUUCAAGAAUGCACUCUUAAAUGUCUCACUGGAGGUGAUGUCCUGUACUGUGAUGUUUUUGCAAAAGUGGGCGACGUCAUUGGAUUAAAGCAUAAAAUGAUUGAUCCGAAG